AUGCCUUCAGACCAGUUCCAUCAAGACCGAAGGUCCAGCUUCGACUCGUCAAGCUCCGAAUCAUCAGCCUCCACUCCCACCGAGACCUCAGACACAACUGCAUCCAACUCAACUCCAUCCACAUCAUCCUCGCCACCUCCCCAAUCCAACCCUCCAUCAUCAACCACACCCAACAAAAGACGAAAAUACCACCCCUCCUUCUCAGCAACCAUGCACUCAAUGUCUUCCCCACUAACCCCCUUCGUAAACAACGAAACAGGCCAACCACACCCCGAAUUCCCAAAAACCCACCUAGCCUUCCACCUCCUCACCUCACCUCAACUCGACACCCUAGCUCGGCACUACCACCAAGUGCAUCCCGCUCAACCGGCGACGUUGUCCUAUCCCUUCCAGAUUCGGAGUUGGGUGGGGGUCCCGGACGAGAGUUAUGUGGAUAUUGCGACGAAAAGACGCCGUUUUGGGUAUUUUAUUGGGAUGCCGGGUUUUACUGAUGCUGUGAAUAGUGGGUUGUCGGUGCCGGUGCCGGCGCUGGAUAUGGGGGGUUUGGGGGAUGGUGUCUUUUUUGAGCCAGUUUGGGAGUGUUAUGGGAGUGAAGAAGAAGAAGAAGAAGAAGAAGAAGAAGAAGAAGAAGAAGAAGUAGAGGGGGAGGGGAAUGAUGACGAUGAGGGGGAUUACGAGAUGAGUGAGGAUGGUACGGAGGAGGAGGAGGUUCUUGAAUGGAUGGCUCGUGAGUGGGAGGAUGCGCUUAGGAAGGCGAGGAAUUCGAGUGAUGGGCCGUUUCGGAAAUAUUGA